CUUCAAAUUGACAGCUAGCUAGGGCCUUUUCUGUUUCCAUGUUUCUAUUUUCUGGUGUUUGAUAAAAAAAUUAUUAACUACUUAGAAGUACAGAUGGGUAGACAAAAAAUGACUCAAACUAUGGCUGGUAAUUGUAAUAGUAGUUUUUUUUUUUUACUUUUAAAGUAAUCAAGGGUCACUUUUUAUGAAUUGUCUAGUAUAGAUGCAGGGAGAGACCAGGAAAACGCAUGUAAACAAGCAAAAAAUCAAAAGUAAUCUGUAGGGAUAUUAAAGACAGAUUACUUUUGGUCCAGUGGGUUCAAAGAUUAUCCAAAAUAAUGUAGAUAUAAAAUCUAAAUCUACUAAUAUCAGCUAACAUCAGUCAGAAAAGCAUCUCAGUAAGAAAAAACCUGCUACUUGAAUUAAAGUUUCUUAGUGAAUUAAUAAACCAGCUUCCACCAAAUGGUGGCAGCAGUGCAAAGAGAAUAAAAGACUCGUGUGUAAGAUGUUACCAAAAGAAAGUUCUGACAUUAUAUAAAUUCUCAUGGUUUUAGUUUAGCCCAAAAUAAACGAAGCAAUAUUUUCUUUUCAUGUAGCCUUUUUACAGUUUGGACAUUUUGACCUUAACAUUGCUGCAAAAUCACAAAAUACUACUUUUUCUCUUGACAUACGAUUGACACGGAACCUGCAUUGUCUGUAUUGUGUUUUGGUGAAGAUUUUUCGUCUUCCUGUAUUGAUGAUGUUGUGUUUAUCAAUAAUCAAAAUUAUAUCAUGAAUUAUAAUGUAAAAUCUUGGAUACAAUUUUCCAUUAUUUCCUUUUUUCUGGUAAUAUUUAGCCACUUUUUUGGCCCAAUAGAGCAACUAAGCAAAAAGUGAUGUCUUGGAACUUUUCUCUUUGUAACAUGGCUGGAAAUUUUGAACAGGAAAUCUUUUCCAGAGUGUUACUUAUGAGUCCUGUUACUGCUCGUGUCAUGUAUGUUCAUUGGAGACAAUGAGAUACUUUUAACUUCGGAAAGACAUUUAAAAGCUAACACUAUUACAGACCAAUCAGAUUGUUUUAAAAUGGUUACCUCCCAUCUCACUGUCCCCUCCCAUUUGAUAAAACCACAUUAAGAUUAAUCAUCUUGCAGUGAAAUCUAAUUUUAACUGAGGUCUGAACCAGAAAAUGUUCAUCAUAUUGUGCAUAGCUCUUUUACUGACAGCUGGGCAAUGCAUGGAUGACCAAAGCUUUGUAACAACAAAUGUUCCUCUUGGAGAAGAUGUGACUCUGACGUGUAGUCGCCGGUCUAACUUGUCAGGAUUACUUUUUUGGAUCCGAGUUGUUGCUGGAAAUCUGCCUGAAGUCUUAGGGGCGACCUACACUUUUGAUCAUGCCACUGUUAACAAAACUCCUCGUAUUAUGGCAAAGCAGGGAACAGGAACAUUUGUUCUCCAUAUAAUUCAAACACAGCUCAAUGACACUGCCUUCUAUUACUGUAAAGAAGUGAUUGAACUCAAAACAACACAGUGGAAUAUUACUUUCCUAAGAGUCAAAGGACCAGAACCUGACAUCCCCAUUGUCAUUCAAGAGUUGCCAUCAGCUCCGAUAUAUCCAGGAGACUCAGUAACUCUACAGUGUUCAGUCCUCUCUGACCUGCAGAAGAAUACAUGUCCAGAGGAUGUGUACUGGUUCAGAGCAGGAAUGAAUGAAACAUAUCCCAGUGUGAUUUACGUUCAUAGAAGCAGUGGUGAUGAAUGUGAGAGGCAGUCUGAUGUUUAUUCUCCUCGAAAAUGUGUCUACAACUUCUCAAAGAACAAGAUCAGCUCUUCUGAUUCUGGAAACUACUAUUGUGCUGUGGCAACAUGUGGACAUAUCAUUUUUGGGAAUGGAGCAAAAUUGAAUAUUGAAAACACCAUUUUUUCAUUUGGUGAUUCUCAGGUGAUCAACACAGUUGUGUUUCUUUUGUGUGUUGUUUUGGCAAUAAGUUUGAUGGUUAUAGCCUUACUGAGCUAUAUGAUCAACAAAAAGGCAUACAAUGUUUCAAAUGGUGCUGUAGCAGUGCAACUGAAUUAUACCAUGAACACUAGUAAUCAACUAAAUCAGAAGAUCUCACAGGAUACAGGGCUUCAUACUGUGGUUGUGUUCAGGUUGACUAAGACAGCCAUGAUGAUGGAAAGAGAUAUACAAGUACAGCCUAAUGACUAAACCUGUAUGGUGCUUCGGACCUAUGGUGGAUUUGGAUGAAUUUUAGAAAUUUUUGUCUGUAGGAUCAGUGUGUCAAGUGCCUGAUGAUCCUCAACUGCGAUUUCCAUAUCUAUGUUUAAAUGAAAAAUGUGUACAUUAAUCAGUUGUAGAAUCAUUUUUGCUUCAUUGUAAUAGUUGUUUUUAAAUGUAAAAAGUACAUUUUAAAACUGAUAACAAAGUUCUUUAUAAUCUUGGCAAUAUUGAAUAGUUUGUGUGACAAUUGGCAAAACCACAUGCAGCAGCUUCACUGUGACUAACCAUCAAGAACAAGAUGUUAUUAGGAUUUAAGGUAAGAAGUGUAAGAACCACAAGAGGCCCGUGCAGUCUCAGGUUUAACCAUGUUUGUGUGUUUGCUGUGCAUUCUGUUGUCAGUCAAAACUCUUGACAACUUGCAAGUGUUUGCUUUCAGAUCUUAUGCAAAUCUUUGACAUAGGAUCUCCCACUUAGCUACAUUGCAUAUGUAGGCUGUUGCAAGUACAGGCAGAAAAACCAGGGCAGUUUCAUCGUAUUUUGCCCAGAGCCCUGGUUCCCCUACUAUCGAUUACCACUCUGUUCUGUAUUAUCUGGGAUUCAGCUGGUAUACUGACAGAACAGGAACUCAUAUGAUUUUUAACACCAUAGGAGCAGUGUGAAAAGAUAAUUAUGCCCCUUGUCAGAGGUAUCUUAGUGGAAGUGUUACCCAUGGCAAAGCAUUCACAAUAUAAUAAAAAACAUAAUGGCCAGGUCUCAGUGUUUGAAACAGCUCUCUGCCACAUAAAGGUUUUUGUGACUGUUGGCUAUGUUAACAUACAAAGGUUUGUCUGAAAAAUUGGUGAUGGGUUUUUAAAAAAUACAAUAUGCUGGA